AUGUCCCCCCUGCAGCCAUGUCCUCCGGCUGAUGCCAGCAUCCAUCUUUCGGGUUCCGUUCCUGCGAGCGUUGGGACGUACGGGGGACGGAACCGGCGGGAAAUUCAAAAAUUAAAAUCACAUAGUAAAACAUCACUGUAUCAAAUCAUUUCACAUACAUUUUGUCCCUACUGCUUUGUCCUGUGCCCAGCCUGCAUUUUUACUGUUCUUUCUGCCUGGAAACUGAGAAACAUCCAUGGCGUCCAAAAAAGCGUCACUUUAAGUCAAAAGCGGUUUUAGACCGGCUAGAGAACAGCGAUAGUAAAUUAGAACCACUUGCAGAAUUGA